AUGAGUUUUGCAAUCAGCCGAGCUCAUUUCACUGACGAAGAGUACGAAGCUGGCUGCUGCCAGCUAUUCGUUGAGAAUUUAGACCAUGAGGCUCUAGGGUGGUUCUCCCGGCUCCCGCCGAACUCGAUAGGAACCUAUCACGAGCUUACCACCGCUUUUCUCCAACAUCACUCUACAUUCAUGAUUCGAGGUGCGUCGAACGCCGAUCUCUGGAACAUGUUCCAGCGAAACGACGAAUCUCUCCGAGACUUCAUGGAGAGGUUUAAAAGAAUCGUCUCGAAGCUCUCGAUUGCCGACGACACGACAAUAUCAGCUCUCCGAAAUGCUCUCGCUCACGACUCCCGAUUUAGGGAGGACAUAAUAAUACACGAGCCUCUGACUCUGGAUGACGCACUACACCGUGCUAACAGAUACAUAGAGUUAGACAAAGAGAAUGCAUCGAGGACAAACUGUCCAGAACCCCUGACCCCCAAAUCGUCCAAAGGAAAAGAGAAGGCACAAGACGAGCAUCACGAGCCUCGUCAACACUUUGACAAAGAAUACACCGAUAAGUUGGACAAAGGAAAGAAAGUCCAAACAUUUGCAGUUAGCAAUCAAGAUCCCAAGGCAUCUUCAUCAAGGCCCUGGAAUAGCAAGUGGAUCCGAGACCCAUCAGGAAAGGACGGCAACAAAUAUUGCGAAUACCACAAGCGAGCAGGACACUCAACAGAAGAAUGCCGCACCCUCCAACAAAUAUUGCUCGACAAAUUUAAAGAAGGCCAAAUUGACGUCGAUCUCGAGCGACGACAAAUAGCCGUUCACAGGGAUAACCAUUUUUUCAAUCCUGAGAACAAAAACCCAAGCAAGCAAUAUAAAACCGCCCCCGCGCCACAACCGAGACCCGAAACUCUACCUCCGCCCCCACCAUCAACCCAUAAAAGGAAUCCCGAGCGCAGUGAGGAUGCGAACGCUCCGGCUCCACGCCGAAGAAUAAACAUGAUCAUGGGUGGUCUGGCGACUUGCCGCGACUCGGUCUGUUCUAUCAAAGCUUAUCGACGGGGACUAGAGGUCAAGCGAGGAUGUUUAGCUCAAAGCACACCACCUACUAUAAACUCCGAUCCAAUCGUGUUCACAGAGGCUGAUGCAUCGGGUCUAACUGGACCUCAUAACGACCCACUGGUGGUCGAGAUGGAGAUCGGCGAAAGCAUGGUUACCAAAAUCUUGAUCGACACAGGUAGUUCAGUAAACGUCAUUUUCAAAGACGUGCUCAUUCAAAUGGAAAUCGACCUGCGGACCACCGAGCACGAUGUUCAACCUCUCACCGGAUUCAACGGUGACACAGUGAUGACCGAAGGCACGAUCAUGCUACCAGUUUAUGUGGGCGGGACGAUGCAUUGCAUCAACUUUGCUAUCGUCGACAAGCCGAUCGUAUACAAUGUCAUCCUCGGCACUCCUUGGCUGCAUAAGAUGAAGGUUGUGGCGUCAACUUACCACCAGUGCCUAAAGUUCCCAACUCCUAGAGGAAUAUUUACACUACAAGGGUACCCGUUGGUAGCAAGAACCUGCUUCAUCAUUGAGCGACAACAACGCCACGCCCGAACAUUCACCGUUUCGGACUCAGCCGAGCGCCUAGAUAGUCGUGUCCACCCUAACUCUGAAUCAAUCAUCCAAGUAAACAUUGACUCUUCGGACGCAACUCGAUGCGUGGGAAUCGGGGCCGACCUACCACAACCAAUCAAGGACGAGCUCGUAAAGUUCUUGUGCCAGAACGCAACGACCUUUGCUUGGAGCAUGAUCAGUAUGACCGGCAUCGACCCCAACAUAACCUGCCACGAGCUCAAUGUGGACUUGACGUUCAAGCCAAUCAAACAAAGGCGACGAAAGCUCGGGCUAGAGCGUACCGCCGCCAUUAACGAGGAACUCAAGAAAUUGCUAGAGGCUGGAUCCAUCAGUGAGGUUAAAUAUCCCGACUGGCUGAGCAAUUUAGAAGUGGUAAAGAAAAAGAACGGAUACAACCAGAUUAUGAUGCACAAGAACGAUCAGGAGAAAACGUCCUUCAUCACCGAUCAGGGAACUUACUGUUACAAGGUUAUGCCAUUUAUCCUAAAAAACGCUGGUGCAACCUAUCAGCGCCUCGUUAACCGCAUGUUUGUCGAGCAGCUCGGACGAACCAUGGAAGUUUACAUCGAUGAUAUGCUGGUCAAGUCAAACCAAGCCAUUGAUCACGUCUUGCAUCUCGCUCAGUGUUUUGAAGUGCUAAACCGAUACAAUAUGAAGCUGAACCCAGCCAAGUGCUCGUUCGACGUGACUUCUGGAGAAUUCUUCGGAUACCUCGUCACGAAGGGAGGUAUCGAAGCCAACCCAAAACAAAUUUCGGCGCUUACCAACCUCCCAUCUCCACGCAACACCCGAGAAGUUCAGCGCCUCACCGGGCGGAUCGCUGCUCUGAACAGAUUUAUUUCACGAUCUACCGAUAAGUGUCUGCCUUUCUACCAGUUGCUUCGUAGCAACAAGAAGUUCGAAUGGGAUGAUAAGUGA